GGCAAAUAGUUUUUUUGUUUCUGUCUGCGUUAUCAGUGUGUUCAACUUCUUAUCAAGAACUUUUAAAUUUUUCACGUCUACUUUUGUAUUUUUUAAACUUUUUCAAUCAUGCCUGGGCUCUUCGAGUGCUGUAAGAAAUUUUUCGGAACUGACAACUUGUACGAGGUGUUGAAAAUCUCGAAGAGUGCUAGUGACAAAGAAGUAAAGAAAGCUUACCAUAAGCUCUCCUUAUUGGUUCACCCUGAUCGAGUUGAAGAAUCACAGAAAGAAGAGGCAACCGAAAAGUUCAAAGUCCUUGGCCAUAUUCACAAAAUACUCAGUGACAGAGAGAAAAGAGCUACUUACGAUGAUACAGGAUGCGUCGAUGAAGAUGAUGAUGGUUUCACAAAAUUCAAUGAUCUGGAGUCGUGGAGUGAAUACUGGAGGUCCCUUUUCAAGGAAAUAACAAUCGAAGAUAUUAAUAAUUAUGAAAAAGAGUACAAAGGUUCGGAAAUGGAAAUAUACGACUUGAAAAAAGCUUACGUGAACAGCAAAGGAGACAUGGACUUCAUUUUAGAAGCCGUCCCGUUUACAAACACAUAUGAAGAGCCCAGACUGCGUGAGAUAGUACAAAAAUUAGUUGAUGCAGAGGAAGUCGAGUAUUACGAAAAUUUCUUCAAUGAACCCGAUAGCAAAAGAGAAAAACGGAAGAGGAAGUAUGAAAAAGAGGCCAAAGAAGCAGAAAAACUAGAGAAAAGACUCAGUGCAGGGAAAGCAAAGAGGAGCUCGUCUGGUGAAUUAGAUUUGUUCCAAGCCAUUAGAGGUCGUCAGAAUGCCCGAGCAGCCCAGCAGGACUCUUUCCUAGAUCGACUAGCCGCAAAGUAUGCUUCUCCUGACUCAGAUUCAGGCAAGAAAAAAGCAGGGCGCAAAGCCAAGUAAACCUUACCAGGUAAUCUUUCAUUCUCACGAAAAUUUAGAGCUUGUUUCAACAAAGUAAUCAGUUAAAUUUCCCGUUAAUUUUCAUUUCACAGCACAUCAAUGCUAAGGUAAACUACUUUCUUCAAAGCUAUUGGUCAAUUAAUUCCUCAACCCUUGCAAUUUUUAAAUCCAAUGUCUCAAGCUUCAUCCUCUCAGGUGAACUUACCCUAAAUUUUAGCCUAAGCUAUUCAGGGAACUGAGUGCAAUUAGAAAAAUCAGUUUUAGCUUGGUUUAAAAUGGUCAAGUGAAGCAAAAAGUAAAAAUUUCCUUCAACCUCAUAAUACCUCGCCUAGAGUUCAGUAAAUAUAGCAACACAGAAUUUGCCAGUGUAGACAAAGCAGUGAGAUUGUUGGUAAUACAACCCCCUAAUCUGUACUAACUGUGUCUGGUUAUGAGUGUCCCACAGCCAGUUUAGAAAACUUGUCUGUAGCCACUUACAAAUUGUUAUUGUCUGGUAAAGAGGAAAAUUAGUGAAAUUUCUUACUAUUUAUUAUUAUGUACAGCUAACUUCCUCUAAGCCCAACACUAUUAAAGUGAAAUUUUCCUCUCAGUCAAACUUUUUUAAGGUCAUGUCGAAUUUUUCAGUAGUCUCUUAUCGCUUCAAUGGACAUCUUUGUUGAAAUUAGCUCUAGUUGUCAGUAACUUACAUUUAUGAACCCUUAAAAAGUGCGCUGGGUCUGAGAGAUUUCAUUACAGUCAUUGUGGACGUACUGUUCGUGGUUCAGGUUUACUGUCUGUAGCGCUGUGUUCAGACAAUCCAAGUUUCAGAUGUAGGAGCUUUCAGAUUAGUCUGAACUGUUAGCAGUAAGUUUUUGUAUCCCAUAAUGGGUCAGUUGCUGAAUCACUAAAUUGCAUUUUGAUUGUUUCUCUCAUUCUUUCCAGUCUAUAGACCAGAAAAAAAUGGGAGGAAUCGUCCAAACCUCCAGUAUUAAUGGAGAUAUUGCCUAUUGGAAAACACUGUGUAUGCCAUCACCACCGCGUGAGUACUUGUCAAGGUUUCUUUCAUCUUUGAUUAAUCAAUUAGUGAUACACACAUUUGCACUGGUUUGAUGAAACCAAAGUGAAAGAAGUCAUAGUAUAUGUCUCCGUGGCGGAUGAUGUCACUCGCUGUGUUAUCCGAAGGUCAUCAUCUCUGUGAAUGGUGGAUAAGAAAACUUGGUGUUUUUACAUAUUUUAUCAUUUUUUACUGAUCUCUAAUUUAAAGUGAUCAAAACUUGAUCAUGGCAACUGGCAAAUUAUCGGUCUCAGAUCUGGCGUGUUUUUUUGUGAAUGAUCUGGAAUCAUCUCUGAACUUUUUGAUAGUGUAAUUAAUUUCUAAACGUAGUUGUUGAAAAGUUUCCCUCUUUUAUUAGAAAAGUCUGACUGUGAUCAUGGGAAGUAAAAAAAGUACUCGAAAUUUGUAUUAUUUUUUCUACUUUGAAUUUUGUUUUCUUAGAAUUAUCGUAAAGUGGCUUUAUCAGGAGGAUUUUCCCUGGUAGCAAUUUCGAAGAUAGGCUUACUUUGCGUCACUUUUGUAUCAUUUAUAAUGUAAAUUCAACUGUACCUUUUUUUUAAAUGUAGAGUUAUGUGUAAAAUUUUUUAAACUUUGUGUCAAUGAUUUUCCGUACUAAUAUUCAUCGAACUGAAAAAUCAUGAACAAGUUUCACCACUCCUGAGUUUGCCUUCAGAUUGGUAACUUUAUUUCCCUCUUCUCGGUAUUAUUUUGUAUGCUUGUACCAUGAGCUGGUGCUCAUUAUUUGUGGCAUGUGCUCGUGCAUUCUUUUGUUAGAUGAGAAUAUUUUUUGAAGGAACGGUAAGCGAAAAAUAGUCUUCGAAAGUCAUAUACAUAAUGCAAGCAAGCAUACUGUAGUAUAAUGUAAUUCCACAUUAAUUUAGAAUUUCUCCUCAAGUAAAUUAUUUUGUAAAUUCAUCCAUUCUUAUUUUUUACUCUAAGUUAUAAAAAUCUGUCUCCUUAUGUGCAAAAUACAACUCAGAUUUUUCACUAA